CGACGCACUUGUCACACUGUUCGAUCGAUGUGCACUGCAUGCUUUGCCUUCGCUACCCCGCCUCCCCUGCCCAAGCCAUCAGAUCACACCGCACCGCCGAGGAAGGGGUUGGUGGCGCGCUCGCGGCCGGCCUUUUAAGAGCCGGCGCCGGCAGCAGCAGCGGGAGAUAGGGGACGAUGGGGCGGCAGCCGUGCUGCGACAAGCUGGGGGUGAAGCGCGGGCCGUGGACGGCGGAGGAGGACCGGAAGCUGAUGGCCUUCAUCCUCGGCAACGCCGGCCGCUGCUGCUGGCGCGCCGUGCCCAAGCUGGCCGGCCUACUGCGCUGCGGCAAGAGCUGCCGCCUCCGCUGGACCAACUACCUCCGCCCCGACCUCAAGCGCGGCCUCCUCACCGACGACGAGGAGCGGCUCGUCGUCGACCUCCACGCCAAGCUCGGCAACAGAUGGUCCAAGAUUGCUGCCAAGUUACCAGGAAGGACAGAUAACGAGAUUAAGAACCAUUGGAACACACACAUAAAGAAGAAGCUCAUCAAGAUGGGAAUUGACCCGAUCACACACGUGCCCCUCGAAGUCCGAAAGCAGCCGCAACAAGCUAGCCUAUCCACAACGUCUGCACAAUCCUCGACCAUCACGAUAGAAUGCAAGUCCAACAAUGGGCAACAAUGCCAGCAACAGGACACCCACAUCAACAGGGACAAGGACGCGUCAUCGGUCGGCGGCGAGUCUAGCCCACCGAACUUAUCGGGCACAAACACCGACAACACUACGGGUGGUAGCAACAACAUCCAUGAUCAGGAUCCACUAGUGAAAUGGCUGCUGGAAGAGGAGGAUGACCUCCCUGCCAUUGGCAUCGUCGAAGAGCCGUGGCUUGACUUCACAGUCGAAAAUGAUGUUGACAAGUUCAAUGGCAUUCCCUCCACCAUGUCGUGGGACAUUGGAACGACGGAUUGGCUGCUCGACUACCAAGAUUUUGGGGUAGGGGACUCAACUUUGCUUGAUGAUGCCUCCAUGGUCGACAGCUCAAGCGGAUCAAACCUCUAGUAGUUUAGCUACAUCUAGCUUGCAAACAACUGAAGAAGAUGUCAGCUUGUGUUGCAUGUCGUACAUAGUGUAGAUAAGUGCACCAAUUAAUAAAAUAUGUGCUCGUUUAAAUCCAGUUAAUUCUUGAAUUGAUGCAUUUUGGUAAGGUGUAGAAUAGUGUUAUGUGUUGCAUAUUUAUCCCUCAAAGGUCAAGGGGUGAAUCAAAUUGUGUUACUCAGAUCCACAAAGUUGUACUAGAGGUGCGACAGUUAAUUUGGAUCGGAUGGAGUAUUAAAAAGCUAUGUUUCCUCUCGAGUAGAGAGAUUAUAGAAUU